UUUCUACAACUCCAUCACCAGAGUCUCCAUUACACCCAAUCCCUUACACCUUACACCUUACACCUUACACCUUUACAACCUUCAUUCAAAAGCAUUCAAUGUUCAUAUACUUUGCAUAUUUUCCUAAUUCUCUUUGUUUCUCUCGAGUUUAUUAGACACCAAUUUAUACUAUUCGAGGAAAUCUAUUUUCUGUCUCAUUGUGCAGAAAAUAGCUUUAUCCUCCGAACUCACCCGUUCCUUACCUUUUAAUCGCCGUUGAUAACCUCGCGCGAUCAUUCUUUUCUUUCUUUUGCAACUCACCAUUUAAUCCUUCAUUAUACCUCUCUUUUCUUCAAUUGAGCUCCUUCUAAUCCUACUCUUGAACUUUGACGGGUUCUCUGCAAAAAUGACGCGAUUCAAGACAAAGUCUAAUGGCUACGGCGUACAGGUUGAGGAUACUCAGAUCUGCGUGGUAAUGGUCGGUCUUCCUGCAAGAGGAAAAUCUCUCAUUGCACAAAAGGGUACGUACAAACAUCAAUCGAUUCAGGUGCAUGCAAAUCUAAACAUAUCUUCUUUAAGCUCAACGUUACCUCAAAUGGCUCUCGAUCGAUGCUCAAGUCUUCAAUGUCGGCAAUUAUCGUCGAAACGCAACUCCCAACCCUACAGCCGAUUUCUUCGAUACAAGCAAUACCGAGGGCGAACGUAUGCGCAGAGCUGCCGCCGAAGCUGCCGUCAAUGACAUGCUUGAUUGGUUUAAGAAUAAGCAGGGAAUUGUUGCCAUUCUUGAUGCUACGAAUAGUACAAAAGAGCGCCGUAGAUGGAUCAAAGAUCGUUGUGAUGCCGAAGGAAUCGAGACCCUUUUUGUCGAAUCGAAAUGUGACGAUGAGGACUUGAUAAUGUCAAACAUUCUGGAAGUAAAAACUACAUCCCCAGACUAUGCUGGUUCAGACCCGGAGAAAGCCGCACAAGACUUUAGAAAUAGGAUCAAGAACUACGAGAAGGUCUAUGAGACAAUUGACGACGAUGAGAGUGAUCUUACCUAUCUGAAGAUUAUGAACGUCGGGAAACAAGUCAUCAUCAAUCGGAUUCAAGACUAUCUUCAAAGUCGCGUGGUCUAUUACUUGAUGAAUUUGCAUAUUAAGCCGAGAUCUAUUUGGUUGUCACGAGUAAGUAACCAUUGGAUGUCAUGAAUCUCAUUUUGCUAAAUUUAAAUAGCAUGGAGAGUCGAUGUACAACCUUGAAGGAAAGAUUGGUGGUGAUGCCGAGUUAUCCCCUCGCGGGGAGAUGUAUGCCAAGAAAUUGCCUGCAUUGGUUCUAGAAUCUGUAGGGGUACGUACUUUUCCAUCGAGAUUUAGCUGAGUCCCAUGACUGAUGUAAAUAGGAUAAUCGCCCAUUGACUGUCUGGACUUCAACCCUUCGUCGCACUAUCGCUACAGCUCGUCACCUUCCUAAUGAAUAUAAUCAGCUUCAAUGGAAGGCUCUCGAUGAACUAAACUCUGGUGUUUGUGAUGGACUUACUUAUCAAGAUAUCAAGGAGCAGUAUCCAGAUGACUUCGAGGCCCGUGAUGAGGAUAAAUACAAUUACAGAUACCGCGGUGGAGAAUCUUAUCGUGAUGUUGUUAUUCGACUAGAGCCCAUUAUCAUGGAAUUGGAGAGAUCAGAGGAUAUUUUGAUUGUUACCCAUCAAGCUGUUCUUCGGUAAGGCUUAUUCCUUUACGUGCAUAUAACCUGCUAACCAUAUCUAGCUGUAUCUACGCUUAUUUCAUGAAGAAGCCCCAGGAUGAAUCACCAUGGAUGGCCGUACCUCUUCACACGCUCAUUAAGCUCACCCCUCGUGCUUAUGGUACACAAGAAGUCCGGUAUGAUGCACAAAUUCCUGCUGUCAGUACUUGGCGUGGUAAAGGUAGUGUUGCGAAGCAUGAAGACCCUGUUCCGGAUACUACAACUACUGUUGGUAAGUAACUCAUUUCUAUAUCCUCAUGAUAACUCUGCUAAUACUCUCCAUAGUUGUAGACGGCAAAUAAAUCUUUAAUAACGAUGCCAUUGUUUACUUUCAGCCAUACAAUCAAUCUUCUAAACGGGCUAGCAACUUUCGUCUACACUAUGAUUUUCGCCCAGUUUUUGGAUGCAUAGCGAUUUGGCGUUACCUUGAUUUGAUUUCUCUUUGGACUUUGUGAUACAUUCGGAAAUGUUUUUUGUCGCUCUUUCUUUGGUUUUGGUUUCAUGUGCACAUGUUAAAUAUGGACUCAGACGAAUGAGUAAUAUCUGAAGCGUUGGAGACGAGGGACUUUGUAACGAUGGUAGUGAAAAUUUGGUUGGGCUUCGAUUGAAAGACUGUUUCUUGUAUUAUGCUUUUGCUUGGAUGGAGUGUAUAUGAAUUGAGAAAAGGACUUGAGUCUUUAAGAGCAAAGAGAUACCAGACAGCGAGUUUUGAUUGAGAGCAGAGGAAAAAAGAUGAAGGAUCGUAGUAGAAGAGGUUUUUACACAUUGAAAACCAAAAGGGCUUACAAUAUGAUCAUGAAGCGAUAAAGCUGAGAGCGAAAUAAGUCUUAUAUUAGAUAGGUAGUGGAGGAAUGAGGAAUUUAUGAUUACUUUCUCCAUAUAUUAUACUAGGUAGUUAGUAUUGUAACAUAAAUCGAUAUGGAAAUUGUGUGUUAUGGUUAUGGAAUGAAUGGAGUAUAAAUGUGCUUUGUUAAUACCUAGU